AUGGAAGACCUAUGCGACAAUCUUCUUGAUGAUAUUCUUUACCGUUUGCCCCUUAAGUCCGUGGUCACGUGCAAAUGCAUAAGCAAGAGGUUCAACACCUUCAUCUCCGACCCAGGGUUUGAAUCGAAACUGUUUCUUCAUAAUUCUUGUAUAUUUCAUUGCACAAAAGACUGUCCUAAUUUCUACUUCAAAGUUCCUCUCUAUCCUCCCAAUUCUGACAAAGCAACCGAGAGUUCUGUGAAACUACCUCGCCGUUUUAAAGUCUUAGCUUAUUGUAGUGGCUUGCUUCUCUUACUUCCCACGGAAGGUGUUUUAAUUUUAAACCCAGUAACCAAAAGAAACCAAAUCAUAAACAUUUUCCAUUAUGAUGCAAUUGGGUUGGCUGUGGAACCAAUCUCUUCCUCCUUGCACCGCUACAAGGUUGUUCGUAUUGGUGCUAGGGAUGGGGAUAGCUAUCAAUUUGAUAUAUUCUCAUCCGAUACAAUGUCAUGGAGACGAUCCUCGACAAAAUUUACUUGCAUGGUGAUGAGUAACUUCAACAACGAUGCUCUACCUAUCUAUUCUCACGGCACCUUACAUUGGAUAAGGAAGUGUAAUGAUAUCCUUGCCUUUGAUAUUGAAAAAGAAGAGGCUAGGAUCAUCGAACUUCCUCUAAACUUUCCACUUCCAUUUGAGUAUUGGACAUCAUGGUUUGGAGUAGUAAAUGGUUUGCUUACCCUCAUCUCAACUUCAAGUAAAGAAAUCUUGGUUUGGAUCCUCAAUGAUUACAAGAACGUUGAGUGGGUGCUUAAAACCCGAAUUACAUAUAUAAUAAAUAGUGAAUGGUCUAUAAGGAUUCCCAUCUUCUACGAAGGUGAGCGACUUGUUUUGUAUCUACGAAACGUUAACGCAGGGGAAAAUGGAGAGUUUUGUAUGUAUGAUAUUGCAACCGAUAAGUGGAGGAAGAUUGGAAUUGAAUGGUAUGGGCUAUACUGGAUAACAUUCGAGCUUUUGUUCCCUUCGUUCCUUCUUUAG